AUGGGCGAGCAGCUGUUGAUCGCCAUUUGUUCUUUAUUAUUUUUUCCUGUUGUUUUUGUUAUUACAGUUGUAAUCGUUCUCGCAACGAGUGGGACAUCGUUCGGCAUUCGAGAAAUGUAUGUGGGAAUAUUGCUCAAGAUCUUCGAGGCAUGCAAAGUUAAGGUGCAGGUCAAAAAGCGUUCAGAUGAAGAUGAUAGUGAUAGUGAUGAAGAAAAUGGUGAGAAAAAGGCAAAUGGUUACAAGCAGGAUGAAAAAUUGGAGAAUGAUGAUCAGAUUAUUGAAAAAGAUUUCACCAUAUCAGCAACGAAAGGUCUGGAGAGACCAGACUGGUUACAUUUCAAAAAAGAAUUUGAGUUGUCUGAUAUAUUCUACUUUUCCAAAUGUGGAAUGGAGGCAAUUAUUGAUGAUACUGUGACAAAACGCUUUUCUGCUGAAGAAUUGCCAUCUUGGAAUUUGUUAACUAGAACACAGAAACCUCAUCAGUUUAUGAGUGUACGUUUAACAGCAUUGUGGUGUGUGGGUUGUUUUGUACGUUAUGUCAUUCUGCUGCCAUUCAGGCUAGUGAUUGUAUGUAUAUGGAUUGUCUGGCUGGUGGUCUCAACAGCGUUUAUUGGGUACUUGAAAGAUGGCAGCUUCAAGCUCAAAGUGUACAAAAUUGCUAGUUUAAUGUGCUUCAGAAUUCUGUGUCGAGCUUUCUCAGGUGUCAUCAGGUAUCAUAACAGAGAAAACAUGGCAAAGAAUGGAAUCUGUGUUGCCAAUCAUACAUCACCUGUGGAUGUGGUCAUACUAUCAUGUGACAACACGUAUGCUCUCAUUGGUCAGGCACAUGGCGGCCUGUUAGGGCUGAUGCAGCGGUCACUUGGUCGGGCAACGUCUCACAUCUGGUUUGAGAGGUCUGAGGCUAAAGACAGAUGUCUAGUGGCCAAAAGGUUAAAGUCUCAUAUCGAAGAUGAGAAUAAACUGCCUGUGCUGAUUUUUCCCGAAGGGACAUGCAUUAAUAACACAUCAGUAAUGAUGUUCAAGAAGGGAAGUUUUGAGGUGGCCUCAACAAUUUAUCCUGUGGCUAUAAAGUAUGACCCCAGGUUUGGAGAUGCAUUCUGGAACAGUGCUAAACAUAACUGGACCCAGCACUUGCUGCAGAUCAUGACCAGCUGGGCACUUGUCUGUGAUGUGUGGUACUUGCCGCCCAUGACUCGGAUGGAAGGGGAAGAUGCUGUGUCUUUUGCAAACAGGGUCAAGUCCGAAAUAGCAAGGCAGGGUGGACUGGUGGACUUAGAUUGGGACGGUGGGUUGAAACGUUCUACGGUCAAGGAAUCCAUGAAGGAAGUACCACAAGAACAGUACAGCAAAAUAUUGAAAGUUGACUGA